AUGAACAUCGAUUCAUUCGAACAGCUUACAACCCGAAUCGGGCGUUUGCGAUUAAAAAAAAGUGCAUCAAUUCCGGCUUUAACACCCUUGGUCGUUCACGUGUCGAUAUCAAACUAUGACGAAGAAGAAGUCGAAGCGUUCUAUAUGGACUUGGAGAAGUUCUACAGAGAAGACCACACAUACCCCAAGGUCAUAAUUGGAGAUUUCGACGGCAAGAUUGCACCAAGAAGAACGUCUGAUGGUCACAUUGGGACCCAGGAAUUAGAGUGGAACGAACAGGGUGAGCGGCUGUCUGAGUUUAUCAUGGAGACCAAGACAAUCCAUGGUAACUCGGAAUUCCAGAAGCUCCACGCUCAACGUUGGACGUGA